AUGAUAGAUACAGGAAGUGCAGUUGAUAUAUUAUUUUAUCGCACAUUUAAAGCAAUGGGAUACAAAGAUGAAGAAAUGACACCCGCAUCAUAUAAUAUUCAUGGAUUCAAUAAAGCAAUUACAAAGCAAAAGGGAGAAAUCGUGAUGCGAAUAUUACUAGGGGAGAUCGAAACUAAGAUAACACUAUGUGUGCUUGACAUUGAGUCACCAUACAACAUGCUGUUGGGACGACCAUGGGUACAUGGAUUAAAUGCAGUCACGUCCACAUUACAUCAAUGUAUCAGAUUUCAAAUUCCAAGCGGUAUAGGUGAAAUCAGAGGAGAUGUUAAGGCUGCAAAUACCUGCAAUCAAAUAGAUGUGCGAAAUUAUGAAGGACGAGGGAAGAAACAAAAGGAUAGAUGGAGAAAAGCGAAAGAACAAAGAAAAGAAAAGAAUAUGGAUGAAAUGCCAGGAAUAGAUCCAUCUGUCGCAUGUCAUAAACUAGAUAUUAAGAAGAAUGCAAAACCAUUUAAGCAAAGGAUAAGGAAAAUUUCAACUGAUUAUCAUCCUAAAAUUGAAGAAGAAUUACAAAAGAUGCUGGAUGCAUGA